AGAAGAAUGACGCCAUUUCUAUUACAGGAAGCCAAUUAGCCUGUAGCAUAACAAGUCGGAUUCCUCUGAAAUAGAUGCUUGCUGACACACAUUAGCAAGAUUUUCAUAUUCAAAUGCUUGAAUCGAGCUGUAAACAGUGUUUAUAAGCAGAGGAAUGGUCUGACACUGCAGCAGCAAACAUGCAUAGCCGUUUGCAGGAGCUGAAGAAGGAAGAGGAGACUCUCCUCAAAAUCAAAGUCAUGCUGCAAGACCAGCUGAACCGCCUGAAGUUUGAAGAAGGAGCCUUGAAGUCUAUCAUCAACGCUCAAACAGAAGAAGGAGCCUCCCAGGAACCUUCAGCAGAAAAUGAGGUUAAUGUUAAUCUUGAUGAUGAGGGUGAAAUCAAUCGAACCAAACUCCUGCUGAACAGUGCUGAGGAUUACGACAUGGAGGAGGAGGAUGAUGACGAAGACGAGGAGGACGAAGAGGAUGAAGACGAGGAGAAUGAAUAUGAUGAAGAUGACAAUGAGCUUGGAUUUUUGCCUCAAGAGGAUGAGGAGGAACAGGAUUAUUAAGAAUUAUGGGUUGUAUGUGUGUAUUUGCACCACUUGUUAACAAUGGAGAGACCCUUUUUUGUAUGUUGGUGAGUGUAACUUAUUUAGAUGGAGUAAGAGUUACAGUGUCAUAGUGGUGCUAGCAUCGCCUGUUCUUUGCCUGGUUUAAACUGAAUCAACUGAAUUUUUUCUCCAUUUGUUUCAAAUAUUGUGAGAAACGCGUCACUUUAAUGCUUUAAAGCAGUUUCAUUAGGUGCUUAUUCAGUAGCGUUCUAGACCAAAUUUUUGGUGAAAAUUCACUUCAAAAUCAGAAAUCCCUAUGGUUGAUAUGUGUAUCAUGAAACAUUAUGGCUGGGCCAUAAAAGAGUAAAAAUGUAUGUGUUGUUAUAAAAGAAAUGAGAAUUGUAAGCACAAAAAUAAAUGUUUUGCAUUUGUUA